GAGAUGCUAGUCAUAAUGGCUGUAUUGGGGUAUUACAGUUGGGUGCCUUACCUGGAUGAUCCUCAGAAGUGUGAACUCAACUGUCAGCCACAGGGACAGAGCUGGGUGCCCCAUCUUAAGGCACCGCGGAAAUGUGAACUGAAUUGUCAGCCUGAAGGUGAAAGAUUUUACUAUCGUCAUGCACUGAAGGUGGUAGAUGGAACACCAUGUGAAAGUGAGGGACGUGACAUCUGUGUUGAUGGGCACUGUAUGGUAACUAUGAAUAAUACAACUUUUUGUAUAUUAGUAAGAGGUAUUCUGAAUCAGAGAGUACCUACGUUUUAUAUCACAAUUAGUAAAUUAUUAAUGAAGUUUAUGUAUUUCUUUAUAGCUGUCAGAAACAUGACAGGAUUCUUUUUCCUUAAUGGAAAUUGGAGAAUUGACUUCCCAAGAGCAAGGAAAUUUGCUGGCACCAUCUUUCAUUAUGAAAGGAAAGCUGAUGGUGUUGGAAUCUUUGCUCCUGAGGUUUUACGAGCCCUAGGGCCUACAACAGAGCCCCUCUUCAUUGUGCUUUUAUAUCAAGAGAGUAACCCAGGAAUCACCUAUGAGUACAGCGUUCCAAAGGAGGUAACCCAGGCUGAAGCAGAAAUAUAUGACUGGAUUUUUGGAACAUAUGGGGAAUGUUCUGUAGAGUGUGGUGGUGGUCAUAUGACAAGAAAUGUGAGUUGUGCCAGAACCAGUGAUUUCCAGCCUGUUGCUGAGUACCUGUGUGAUCCACGACUUGAGCCAGAAUCUAACAAGACAUGUAACGAACAUCCAUGCCAAGCAAUUUGGCAGGUUGAAGAAUGGACACCUUGUACCAGUUCUUGUGGUAUUCCUGGAUGGCAGUUUCGUCAUGUAUACUGUGGCCAAAAAUUUGCAGAAGGGCGAUUGUCCAUUGUGAAUGAUAAUGUAUGUGACGUUAUCCGUGGACCAAAACCACAAACUGUACGGGAGUGUAACAAAGAUUCUGUGUGUGCAUCAUGGCACAUAGGAGAGUGGACACCAUGCAACAAGUUGUGCGGAGUUGGCCGUCAGUACCGUAAAGUAAGAUGUCAUGUGAUAUCAGCUGGAGAGAUCAAAGUACUUGAUGAUAGUGCCUGUACAGAAGAGAAACCUGAGACAGAGAAGGCCUGUGAGGGUAUUCCUUGCAGUGGUGUUGACUGGGUUUCUUCAGACUGGACAGGGUGUGGAAACAGCUGUGGCUUGGAGAAAGAGUCCCGAACAGUGCUGUGCGUGAGUCAGAAGGGUAAAGUUGUGGAGGAUGAAUAUUGUUCAUUAACACGAAUGCCACCAGUAACUCGUAACUGUACUGAUGCUACAGAGUGUGAAUUCCAAUGGUAUGCUUCUGAGUGGAGCGCAUGUUCUGCUGACUGUGGUGAGGGCAUUAGGACUCGACAUGUCUUGUGUGCACAGUGGAAAAAUAAUCUCUGGGAACCUGUACCUGAAGUCCACUGUGAUGCUGAUAAACGUUUCAGUGAUACUGAACGAUGCAAUGGAACAGAGACUUGUGAGGGCAGCUGGUUUGAAGGUCCUUGGAGCCGAUGUGACAAGGAAUGUGGUGGUGGUACUAAACAUCGCAAGAUUCUUUGUUAUGUGGGCAGGAAACUUGCAACAGCAGUCCAGUGUGAUGGCAAUAUCAUUCCAUAUUCCAUUGACUCCUGUAACAAUAAUCCUUGUGGUGAAGAUGAGGUACUCGUCGAUGUUGAUGUAGAAAGUGAAGAGGAUUCCUGGUGUGAUGAAGAUGAGACAGAGUCAGAAGAAACCACAGACCCACCGGGUGAUGCAUCAAACAAUACGUCAUUGGAAAAGAUGGAAUCUUCAGGGGAUAUGCCUGAUGAAACUUUCCCUGAGAUUCUUGAAGAGGAAUCUGCCUCUGGAAAAGAAAUGCCUUCUGAGGAAAGUGCUGAAUCUGAUGAAAGUGGAUCCUCUGAAGGCAUAUCAGAAGAAAGUAUUUCAACAGAAACGCCUGAUCUGUUGAGUGAAGAAAUGUCCUCAACUGAGGAACAGGGAAGUGGAUCUUCAGAAGCUGUCUUAAAGAAAAAAACUUUUGUAGAAAAUCGUAAAAAGCGGUCUCAUCUGGAGGUAACUCUGAGUGAUGAAGCUACUGAAGAAGGCUCAGGCUUUGGCUCAUCAGGAUGGAGCUCAGGUUUUUCUGGCUUAUUUUCAUCUGGAUUAGGCUCUGGUCUAUAUGGCUCUGGUGAGGAUACAACACUUGGAGAACCAGACAUUCAUCUGACCACACUUCCCUCAAUAUCAAAGAAACCAAAAACAGAUUCCAAGAAAAAAGUUACUAAGAAAUCUAAAAAGUGCAAGUCCAAGCCUAAACCUGAAAAAGAAGUGUGUGAGGCUACAGAGUUUGGUUGCUGCCAAGAUGGCAUCACCCCUGCUAGUGGGCCCUUCCAAAAAGGCUGUCCACGUGUUGAGACCUGCAAGGACACAGUACACGGCUGCUGUCCAGAUGAUGCAACACCAGCACAUGGCCCUGACAACAGAGGCUGCCCAGGCAUCUCUCUGUGUGAAAACUCCCUCUUUGGAUGUUGUGAGGCUGACAAUUUCACUGAGGCGAGCGGACCAAAUGGAGAGGGUUGUGAGGACCUCUUGCCAUUCAGCUGUGAAAAGACAGAGUUUGGUUGCUGCCCUGAUGGUGUAUCUCCAGCAUCAGGUGAAAACUUCUCAGGAUGUAGUAGCUUUGAGUGUGAAGGAUCUGGUCCAUGCGAAUUCUGUAAUGAGACCAAAUAUGGGUGCUGUCCUGAUGGUGCUUCAGCAUCAAGACUUUAUAUGCUGCACAUGGACAAAAAUGAUGAAGGAUGUGUCUCUCUUCAGCUUUUGGGGUGUUCCCCAAAUGACAUUACUGAUGCACAGGGCCAAAUUUUCAAGCUUUUAACGGGAAAUUCACUAAAAGAUUGUAUCGUCUCACCAUCAGGCUGUGGAUGUGAGUACAGUGCAUUUGGCUGCUGUCCAGACAAUGAAACAGUAGCUAGAGGGCCAAAUAAUGCUGGAUGUGGAUGCCAGUACACACAGUAUGGCUGUUGUCCAGACACCCACACACCUGCAGCUGGGGAGGACUACAGUGGGUGCCCUUGUAAUACUUACACAUAUGGCUGCUGUCCAGAUGGUGUUAGUGUUGCACAAGGACCUGAUACAGAGGGGUGUGGGUGUGAGUAUGAGAAGUUCGGGUGCUGCAAAGACGGACGCACACCUGCCAGUGGUCCAGAGUAUGAGGGAUGUGGCUGUGCGGAAUCUGAGUUUGGCUGCUGCCCAGAUGGUGUUACACCUGCCACUGGAAAGUUCUUUGAGGGCUGUCAGGAUGAAGUUUCUAUUAUACCAGGAGAGGUGUGUGGCUAUACUAAAGACAGAGGCCCUUGCACCAACUUCACAGUUAAGUGGUUCUUUGACAUGGAUUAUGGUGGCUGUACUCGCUUCUGGUAUGGUGGAUGUGAAGGAAAUCUUAACAAAUUUAAUACACAGGAAGAGUGCAAGUCUGCUUGUGUUGAACCUGAGGGAAUGGAGUCAUGCCAUCUUCCUCGUGUGGAAGGCCCUUGUACUGGAACUGUUCCAUCGUGGUACCAUGAUUCAGCAACUGGUAGUUGUAAACCUUUUGUAUAUGGUGGCUGCUUAGGCAACAACAACCGCUAUAACUCACAACAGGAGUGUGAAGAAAUGUGUGUUAUUCCAGAAAAAACAGACGUUUGUCUACUGGAGGUGAUGCCUGGUCCCUGCCGUGGAAACUACACCAGGUGGUACUAUGAGCAAACUCUUGGAAGCUGCACCCAGUUUGCAUUUGGUGGCUGCAAAGGAAAUGGCAACAACUUCCUCACUGAGAAUGAGUGCAUGCAGCGCUGUAUCCGGGGUCGCUCCAAAGACCUGUGCACACUACCAAAGGCUUCAGGGCUCUGUGAAGAGACACUUCCCCGCUGGUACUAUGAUUACUCCGAGACCAGGUGCAUGCCUUUCUAUUACACGGGUUGUGAUGGAAAUUCAAACAGGUUUAUUACACGAGGAGAAUGCGAGGCCACAUGUCCAGGGGACAAACCAGAACCAGUGGAGGAUAUCUGCUCUCUUCCUAGUGUUGCUGGUGACUGCAACAACUUUGAAGCACGUUGGUACUUCGAUAUGUCUGAUAAUCAGUGCAAAUCCUUUGUCUAUAGUGGAUGUGGUGGCAAUUACAACAAUUUUGGCACUUUAGAUGUAUGUAUGAAUUAUUGUGGAAGUAAAAAGGAUAUUUCGUCUGAAGAAGACUUUAAUCAAGAAUUUUGCUUCCUCGAAAAACACCAAGGAACCUGUGGAAAUUUACAAGCUUAUUGGCAUUUUGAUAGUCAGGAUGGUGUAUGUAAACAGUUCUUGUAUGGAGGCUGUGAUGGAAAUGAAAAUCGCUUCUCAUCACGGCAGGAAUGUGAAAAGAAAUGUGGUGAAGCUAUUGAUAUUUGCCAGCUUCCGCUGGUUAUUGGGCCAUGCAGUGGAAGUUUCCGUCAGUUCUACUAUGAUGGCUCUUCAGAUGAAUGUUAUGAAUUUGAUUACGGAGGUUGUCAAGGAAAUAAAAACAGAUUUGAUUCCAAACAUCUCUGCCAGCAAAGGUGCAAAAGAAUUGCUGCAGUCUUAAGCACAACACCUCACACUUACCCUGAGAUAGAUGAUACAGAAGUGGAAGACCCUGAAAAAGUUCUGCUAGAAUCCUGUACGCAACCUGUGGAUGCUGGGCAUUGCAGAGCAUCAAUUCCGAGUUGGUACUUUGACCCUGAACAAGGUCGUUGCAUUGGUUUUUCGUAUGGAGGCUGUGAAGGCAAUGCUAACAGAUUCCAAUCUGUUGAACUAUGCGAGCGUCAGUGUGGCAGGUACCGCAACCAGGACGUGUGUAAUCUGCCACUGAACUCUGGCCCUUGUGAUGGGUCAUUCCGUAAAUGGUACCAUGACCCCUAUAUGCGUCGGUGUAAACCUUUCGUGUACAGUGGCUGCGAGGGUAAUGGAAACCGCUUUUCAACAGAGCAGGAGUGCGAAGCAGAAUGCAUCUACCAUGAUACAAUUCUUCCAGAUGGCAACAAUACUCAAGAAGCUAAUACCAUGAUUUGCGAAAUGGAUGUGGAUGCUGGGCCUUGUUUAGAUGGUUACAAACGAUGGCAUUUCAGCAAAGAGCAUGGGUCAUGUAUUGCAUAUGUAUAUGGCGGUUGUGGUGGCAAUCGAAACCGCUUUAAGAAAUUUAACACUUGCACUCAAUUCUGCAGUGCUGCCAUCCAUAAAUACCGCAAAUUUGUUUCUUCAACAACAACUGACUCGUGGGCAACUUCAUUGGAGCCGUCAGGUCUCACACAUCCUGUUUCAGAUCAGUGUUCAGAUGCAUUACUUACUUGCCAACUACUACAAUGUCCAUAUGGAGUACAGAGAAGUGUUGAUAAUGAAGGCUGUGAUAGAUGCUCAUGCUAUGACCCAUGUGAUCAAGUUCAGUGCAGGAAUGGAACUCAGUGUGCAAUAGAUAUUGCUGCUGGAGACAGCUCUGGAGAAACUACUUACACUGCUAUCUGUAGGAAAGUAAAUAAAGCUGGGGAGUGUCCAAAAACAAGUGGCAGAACAUAUCAAUGUGAGACCGAUUGUGAGAAUGAUGCAGGCUGUUACGGAGACCACAAGUGUUGUUACAACGGAUGUGGCUACACGUGCGUUGCUCCUGUACGAGCAGAUCAGGAGCCCGCUUACUCUCCUCUGCCAGUUUUCACUACAGUACCACCUGGUAAAUUUUUUAGAAGGAACCCUCUACCACCAUCACUACGACCUUCUACCACUAUUACAACUGUUACCACCAUCACUACUACCUUCUACCACCAUCAACCACUAUCGCAAUUGCUUCCACUCUACCACCACCACUACCACCUUUAUCCAAAACCACGAGAAUCAGCUGUAGUGCCUUGGAACCAUGAAUCUCCUGUGGUCUCACUGGGAAAUCCCACCUCGCUAUAUUGCCGAGCUGUUGGCUGGCCAAGACCCUCUGUCACAUGGUGGCGAAAUUCUGACAUGUUACCACUGUCCUCUCUGCAAUAUGAACAGUUCCGAGAUGGCUCAUUAACUAUUCGUGUAGUAAAUCUUCAGAAUCUUGGUCCAUACACUUGUCAUGUUUACAAUGGUCAAGGGCAGGCUAAAUCUCAGACAAUUGUAUUGCGAGCUCUUGGGCCUGUCUACAAUAUAGUUAACAAAUACCGGGAUUUCCUUCAGUAUAUAGUUGACCCACCCAAGGCUCCUGCCUCCACCAAACCCCCUCAACCUACUAUUCCUACCACUCCUUUCCCUGCUAUACGUCCUGGGGAGAGACCUUAUUGGCCUGCAUAUAGACCACCGCCUACUCAAAAAACCACAUCUGCUUCUCGACCAACAACUCCUAGACCGUACAUAGUUCCACUGCGUGCCAUAAUCCGUCUGAACACUACUGAGUUCACACCGUCUUCAACUAUACGUAUACCCUGUGAAGUCAAAGGCUAUCCACAUCCAGUAACAACAUGGUUUAAGGGAGAAUAUCCUGUAGAAGCCUCUGAAAAAUAUGAGAUUGAAGAGGAUAGGACAUUAGCAAUUAAGGAUGCACAGACUGGUGACUCAGGACGAUAUAAAUGCCAGGUUCAAAAUGAAUUUGGCAUUGCUGACAGCACCACUGUUAUCACUGUCAAAGGAGUUUAUGUACAUCCCAGCUGCACAGACAACCCCUUCUUUGCAAAUUGCAAGUUGAUAGUUCGUGCUCAGUAUUGUACAAAUAAAUACUAUGCUCGAUUUUGCUGCCGUUCCUGUACAUUGGCUGGACAACUGCCUUUUGAUGGCCCACAUCUAUUGAAUUAUCCAAGUAGUAGUAAGAGAAGGAAGUGAAUAAAAAAUUCAUAGUUUUUGUUAAUGCCGUAGUGAGGCCAAGUUAGCAAUGGCUUAACUAACAUUACAACAGGCAACUGCCUUACAUACCCAGGAUUUGGUGUAACAGAAUGGAGAUACACUUGGUAUUUUAGGAUUUGAUAAAGCUCAUAUGACCAUGAAGACUGUUACGAAUCCUGGACAGUGAAGGUGGUGGGUUCAUCAUAACUUCACAGAUAAGACGUAUUUUUUAACAACAAAUGAAAACAUUUUGAUUCUGACAUAGAUGACGUUCAUUCUUGGAGUCUUAUUUCGGUGUAUUCAUUACUUAUGAUAUUUUUACCAUUUAAUAUAUAUAGCAGUAUAAGGGGUAAACGUUCAUUAAAAAUAGUUUGUAAUAGCUCCUCAAAUUAUAUAUUCAGUACUAUCCCCAUAACUUAUAACAUUUGGUAUCUCUUAAGACUUGCCAUAUUCAUCUUGAAAAAUUAUGAAAAAUAAGUAAGAUUUGUAUUAUAGGUGCAGCAGUAGUAUAAAACUGAAAAGGGGAGAACCACAUGUAGGACUCCAAUUAUGAUAAAAAUGCAAACAAUGUGAGAUUAGCUAUAAUUUCACUUGCUCGAACUCUCCCCCCCCCCUUUUUUUUUUGUAGAAAGAAUAAAAUUUCAUUGUUAAAUUACAGAAAGUUAUAGUUAAAGAGUUUGAACACAGUGACAGCUGUGGCUAUGUAGUCCUCAGGCUUGUACAUAAUGCACAGAAUUUAUACUUUAACAUGACCAGAACCAAUAUGUUGGAAGUGAAAUUCCUUUCACUUUCCAAUACAAUUCUAGGUUUAAACUUUUAUUUAAUUAAAUAUUCAAAAUUUAAUUAUAUAUUAGUAUUCAUAUACUGAAAACAUGAUCUUUUUUUAACUAAUUUUGGUCUGUAUUUUAGAAUAAUUAAUUAUAGAACCUAAAAAAUGUAUAUCACUGUAUAGUUUGUUUUUUCAAAUAAUGAUAGCUUAGAUCAAAGUUCAUUAAUACUCUAUAUUGUAGAUAUGGAUAAUUGUUUUAUUAUAUUUUAAUUGAGGAAUGGAAAUUCCACUUACCCAUACAGCUGUUUACAAGUCUUAUAGAGUAAUUGCUCAAAGUCAAUCACAAGUUUGUGACUAGUGUGGGUUUGAAACAUUAACUGCCGUAUAUAUGGCUUGGAGAAGUGUCUUGUUGAAUACGUAGUGGUGAUAGUUGCUAAACUGAAGGAAUGAGCACUCUUAAAUUUGCAAUCUUUCACAUAUGGUUGCUUCUUAAAAUAAAUUACAAAUAUCAGGAUAAUAUCUCCUUGUGAAUAUUAAUUUAUACAAAAAAUAUGGUUGUUACUAAUUCUUGAAAUUUUUGGGCGAGUGUAAGUUAUAAGUAAUUCGAGUGUCUUAUCUGCAGCCAUGUCUUCUGGAGGUGUUACCUUGAUGUACUUGUAAUCUGUUUCUGUGAUGUCAGCUGAAGAUCACAUUUAUUAGCUAUGGCUAAUGACAUCCAGAGGUUUUACUCGUUCAAUAUUUUGGCACAGAGUCUAGAUAAUAUCUUUGAUGGUCAUGGAUUCUCAAACAUUUAUCCUCGCAAAAACUGCACGUCACUGCCACAGUGUUGUCAAUAGUUUAUAGGUUACCUUAGAUCCAGGUAGUCCAGUGGUGCUCAUUUAUCUGAUACAGUAUAUAUUAAUGAAUACAAAAUAAAAUAUUAAAAUGUAUGUAUAAUUACUGUGUCUUGCUUUUUAAGCUGAACUUGCCAACUUUCUUUAUAUGGCAAGAAUAUUUUUACCAGACAGGCUAAUAUUUAUUAUAACUACAAAAAAAUCAGUCUGAACAUAAGAAAAUUAAUAUUUUUGUUAAGGUUAAAUAAUUUUUAUUAAAUCUAAGCUGAUGUUAAAUAGGUUGGAUAGAAUUAAACUAUAUUAUACUAAAUUUGAUCAAAGUUUCAUUAGGUAUCUAAGUUUCGAUGCAAAAUAUAAAUUUUUUACAUGACAAUUCACUUGAAUGUAUCCCUCAUUGCUUAAGAUGCAAUUUUUAAAAUGUUUAUCUUUAAGGCAAUUAAGUUGUUUGAGUGAAGGGUAUAAGAAGAAUCACUAUAACGAAAGGUAAAUGGAAUGCUUGAAUGCUUGUGUGAUUAUUGACAUAAAUACACACAUUACAACACACACACACACACACACACACACACACACACACACACACACACACACACACACACACACACACACACACACACACACACACACACACACACAUUACACACACACACAUUACACACACACACAUUACACACACACACAUUACACACACACACAUUACACACACACACAUUACACACACACACAUUACACACACACACACACACACACACACACACACACACACACACACACACACACACACAC